AUGAAGCUCUCACAACAAUUUGUGCGCAGCACAUUGCUGCGUUCAACUACUACUUCAAAAGCUACUUCGCUAUCGGGAUUCGCACUAUGGCAACGGUCAUACAGCACUAAGCCUGGGUUGUCGACGACACCAGUGCUACCAGGCGCUGACCCCUCCAAGCUUGUAAUCACCACAACAACCACCCCCAAGGAACUGACUCCGAACAAUGAACUGGUUUUUGGCAAAACCUUCACAGAUCAUAUGCUCUCUAUUGAAUGGACCGCUUCCGAUGGCUGGCUUACUCCUCGCAUAAUUCCCUACCAAAAUCUCAGUCUUGACCCUGCGACAUGUGUUUUCCACUACGCAUUUGAGUGCUUUGAAGGAAUGAAGGCAUACAAAGACAAGAAUGGGAAGAUACGCUUGUUCCGGCCCAGCAAGAAUAUGCAGCGUCUAAAUAAGUCUUCGUCACGCAUUGCUCUCCCGACAAUUGACGGUGACGCUUUCACCAAAUUGAUUGCAGAGUUUACCAAAAUAGAAAGCAGAUUCAUUCCAAAUGAAAAAGGAUAUUCGCUCUACUUGCGACCGACUAUGAUUGGUACCCAGCGCACAAUCGGAGUUGGGCCCCCUGGCUCGGCGCUCCUCUACGUUAUUGCCAGUCCUGUCGGCCCGUAUUAUCCAACUGGAUUCAAGGCAGUGUCCUUGGAAGCAACUGACUACGCAGUUCGCGCAUGGCCUGGUGGUGUCGGGGACAAGAAACUCGGCGCCAACUAUGCGCCCUGCAUUGUCCCUCAACAAGAAGCAGCCUCCCGAGGCUUCCAACAAAAUCUGUGGCUAUUCGGCGAGGAGGAAUACGUGACCGAGGUGGGGACAAUGAACCUUUUCAUGGCCAUCAAGAACAAAGAAACUGGUCAAAAGGAGCUUCUAACUGCUCCUUUAGACGGUACUAUUCUUGAAGGUGUCACCAGAGAUUCCGUACUUUCAUUAGCGCGGGAAAGACUUGUUCCCGAGGGAUGGGCGGUCUCGGAGCGUAAGGUACGCAUGUCAGAACUCGCUGAAGCUUCUGCCGAGGGUCGUCUGAUAGAAGUUUUUGGAUCUGGAACUGCUGCUAUUGUCAGUCCUGUGCGUAAUAUCAGCUACAAGGGGCAAUUGGUGGAUUGCGGAUUGCAGGGUCAUGAAGAGGCAGGAGAUAUUGCUCUCCGUAUGAAGAACUGGAUCGAGGGUAUCCAGUACGGUGAAGAGGAGCAUGAAUGGAGUUAUGUUGUGGAGUAA